CUUUUAAAGUCAUCACUUCAACUUUCAAGACUGCAGUGUACAGAGACCAGAGGCACUGAGGGACCCUGAGGGAUCUGGGGUGCUGAAAGAGCUCCUUGGAGAUGCUUCUGCUGUGGCUGCUGCUGCUGCUGCUGCUGCUUCUGCUGCUGCUCCUCGUGCCCCUGCUGGCCCUGCUUUGGCCGCAGAGGUCUCGGGGUGCCAGGUCAUGCUGGCUGAUCAGUCUCCAGCACCGAGUGGCCUGGGGGGUGCUGGGCUGGGCAGCCGCCUGGCAGCAGCGGAGACUAGAUCGGAGCACGUUGACUGUGGGCCAGAGCCAGCAGCAGGCCCUCAUGUGGUGUCUGAAGAAAGCCCAGGGCUCCUGCUCUCUCCCCAGGGAGAACACAGACAUGAGAACCUUCCGGAAUCAUCUUCCACUGACCCAAACCAGCCACACCCAGGAGAAAGAAAGUGAAGAGAAGCUCCCGUCCCCUACCUUCCUCCAGUACCAUGGAGAUGCCUCUUUGCAGGCCACCCUGCUGGGUCUAAUAACUCUAAAGAAGGCCUACCCAGAAGUGCUGGCUCCGGGAAGUACUGCCUGUGUGACCCCUACAUCGCCAUGGCCCUGCUCUGUCCCCUGGCUUGGGCACGCCCUGGGCCGGGUAAGCCCCAGUGGAGCCAAGGACCCCCGGACCCUGCUGCUGGAGGCGUUGACAUCCCCGGGGCUGAGGGUACUUGAGGCAAGGACUGCAGUGGAGCUCCUGGAUGUCUUUGUGGGCUUGGAGGCUGAUGGUGAAGAACUGGCUGAGGCCAUAGCAGCUGGGAUUCUGGGAACGCUUCUCCCCAGACGAGCCGCUGAGCUGAAGGAGGCCCUAGAGCAGGGAUCCCGAGGAUUGGCCCUCCGGCUCUGGCCAAAGCUGCAGGUGGUGGUGACUCUGGACUCAGGAGGACAGGCAGAAGCUGUGGCUGCCCUUAGGGUCCUGUGGUGCCAAGGGCUAGCCUUCUUCUCGCCUGCUUAUGCUGCCUCAGGAGGAGUGGUGGCCCUAAACCUGUGGCCAGAGCAACCCCAAGGAUCCUAUCUUCUGCCCCCUGGAGUCCCCUUUAUUGAGCUGCUUCCAAUCAAGGAAGGAACCCAAGAGGAGGCAGCCUCCACUCUCCUCCUUCCUGAUGCCCAAAGGGAGAAAGAGUAUGAGUUAGUGUUGACUGACCACACCAGCCUGACCAGGUGCCGCCUGGGUGACGUGGUCCAGGUGGUCGGUACCUACAAUCAGUGUCCCGUGGUCAGGUUCACCUGCAGGUUGGGGCAAACCCUGAGUGUUCGAGGAGAAGUUACUGAUGAGACUGUAUUCUCUGUGGCCCUGGCCCAAGCAGUGGGGCAGUGGCCAGGGGCCAAGCUGUUGGACCAUGUCUGUGUGGAGAGCAGCAUUCUGGACUCCUGUGAGGGCUCCGCCCCACACUACGAAGUGUUUGUAGAGCUGAGGGGGUUGAGGAAUCUGUCGGAGGAAAGUCGAGACAAGCUUGACCACUGCCUUCAGGAGGUCUCCCCUCAGUACAAGUCCUUGCGGUAUUGGGGCAGUGUGGGUCCUGCCAAAGUCCAUCUGGUGAGGCCAGGGAGCUUCAGAGUUCUCCGGGAAGCACUGGCAGCCUGCUCUUCCUCCUCCUGCCGCCCUCCUGAAAUGCCUCGGGUCAUCAGGCUCAGGCGCCUGGCCCAACUCCUGCAGAAGAGAGUGAUAUCUUAACCAAGGCAGCCAGCCUUCCUGUCCCUGCCUCCCUCUUUCCUCUGGGACAUCUCUGGAUGUUGAGUCUUGGGCCAGACGUCACAUAACAUCGGUCCAUCAGAGCCCCUGGGCUUUAGGGAGACCUUAGACUCAUUGGCAAGUUUUAAGAUGCCGGCUUGGAGCAUACAGCUGAGCCCAUCGAUGCCUCCUUCUUGAGACUGCUGGUCCUUCCCAUGUGCGUGGCCAAGGUACAGCAAAGGCUCAAAGUGUAGGCAAUGCUCCUGGAGCAGAUGAAGAAACCUCAGCCUCAUUGUCUCGUGGUCUAGGGUGUAUCUUGCACAACCUCCUGAAGGGCUGAGGCUGUGGCCUGCAGUGGCCCAGUGUUCAGUGCUCUUCCUACCAGAUCCGCCCACCCCCCCAUCCUCCUUUCCCCUGCCUACUCUAUCAUUCUGUUCCCUGGAGCAAC